AUGCCAGUGAUGCUUGAUAUUGCGAGUGAAUCGAAUGCGUUCACCGUUAUAAACCAUGAGGAGGACAAGCAUAGCCCGAAGCACACGGCGCUUCCGCGCAACGUAAACGUCGUCAAGCCACUCCAGCGCGAUGACGGCCGCACGCACCUGCCGAGUGCCGCGAAGGAACAGAUGACGGAGGGAAUGGCCGCCGUCGCGCCGCAAACCAUUCUCGAUCCUAAAUUCACGCGGGCACUUGAUUUUAAGCUACGUCGGCUAAAAGAGAAAGAAAUUUUGGAAGCCAACUUACGCAGACCGACCCGUAAUCGACGCCGUCCCGGAACUUUUGCAUUUUCAAAUCCCAAUCUGACCUGGAAGGAUCAAACUCCGCCAAAGAAAAUGAUGAGCCAAUCUCAGCCUCGAAUCGACACGAUAUCUAGCGAUAAUGAUAAGGGGAAAAUUACUAUGAAACUUGACAAAUCUCCUGUAGCGGGCAAGAACCGAGGUAGAGCCGCGGGCAGCACUGAUACGGAAAAACCACGCUUUAUUACUACAGUAAAAACAGGACAGUUUUUGUUGCCACCACCGGAUGUGGCUUGCCUUCUGGGACUGGAUACUUUAUACCCACCACAGGAGAGGGAGAAAAUUGUUUAUUCUUAUGCAAGUAAACCAAAAGCUGUCACGACACGAUCAAAGCAUUCGGUAUCUGAUAAGAAGAAUGAAGUCAUGCCUAAUGGAGUCCCCUCCGGCAUUUCCAAUGUGAAACGUGCCAGCGGUGGUGAACUUUUUAAAGGUGUCCGAAGUAUAAUAGCAGGUGUCGCUGGAAUAAAGCACCUACUUGAAAAACAAGACCAUGUCGGCAGCUUGGCGACGGCGGCGACGGCGGUCACCGGCGGCACGGGCUACUCCAACGUGAUGCACGACAAGCGCGUCGUGCGCGGGAGCACUUUCGCUACGCAUCCGCACGCUGCUGGCGACGGGCUGGAGAGCAAUGCGGCGCGCGCGGCGGCCACGCGGCGGCGGGCGCUGGCGCGGCGCGCGGCUCGGGCGCGCCUGCGGCCCGGCACGCCGCCGCCCGCGCCCGGCCGCCGCCACCACCCCAUACAGACUGAGUACUACCUCGAAGAGCUAUUUGACAAAGGUGUUGAAAUGGAAAUUGGAGUUCAGACGGACUUGUUCGUGGACCGCCCGGCCACGCCGGUCUACGUGCCUGCAAAAACCGGCGCAGACGCCUUCACUCAAAUAUAUCCUGGCGAUCUGUUCGACUUCGACGUGGAGGUGCAGCCGAUCCUGGAGGUGCUCGUGAGCAAGACGGCACAGCAAGCGCUGGGCGAGGUGGCGCAGGAGGAGGAGCUGGCCGCGCUGCGCGAGCAACAGCGCCGCUACCGCGAGCUGCGCGACACCGAGCUCGCCGAACGACAGCGCCUCGCGCGACAGGACGAGCGACUACAUCAGGAAAAGGAGCGGCGCGUGGCGGAAGCGCGGGUGGCGCGCGCGGCGGGCGCGGAGGCGCGCGCGCGCGUAGCGGCGGCCGCACUGGUGCAGGGCUACGUGGCCGAACUGCUGCCCGCCGCGCUGGCCGGCCUGCGCGACGCCGGCCACCUCGUGCGCCGUCUGCAGCGCGGUGUAGAAGAAGAAUUCAUGCCAUGGCUCAUACAAGAGGUGUCUCAAGAGAUAGAGUCCAUAAUCACGAGCAGAGACGUCAUUACCGAGAUAGUGCGCGACGUGGUGGAGGCGCGCGCGGAGCUGUACGGCGGCGCGGGCGAGCGCCUCGCGCAGCGCGUCUCGCCGCCGGACUCGCUCACGCCGCCUUCCAUACCCACUGAGGAAGAGGCUGAAGAA